AUGUUUGAUUUUAGGACCAGCACAAGUGACAAUCUGAGACUGGAGCCAAAGUUUAUUGUUUUCCUUAGUCAGCUGCUGCUCCUUUUUAAAUUCUGCCCAGUAUGCAAAUCUGAUGAUCCCUUGGUAGAGGCAGAGGCRUUGGGAACGAUGGCUAAAGUAMGAACUGUUUGUUCAAACCCCAAGUGCCCAAAGAGAGACAGUACCUGGAAUAGCCAGCCCAUAAUGCCAGGGACAAAGAUGCCUGCUGGAAACUUUCUGUUGUGUUUUGCCAUUCUUGUUGCUGGUAGCACAGCAAGUAAAGUACUCCAGAUGUUUUCCCACAUGGGCAUUUGCUGUUUUUCUUUGAAAACCUACUUUUUACAUCAGAGGAAAAAGCUGUUUCCUGCAAUUUUUCUUCAUUGGAAGAAAUAUCAAAAAAAGUUGUUGGACAUGUUGGUGGAGAAGGGGGACCCUGUUGUCAUAGGUGGUGAUGCAAGGCAUGAUAGCAUGGGCCAUAGUGCCAAGUACGGGGCCUAUACGAUAUACUGCUGUUGUUCUGCAGCAAUCAUUCACUUUGCUCUUGUUCAGARAAAUGAAGCUGGAAAUAGUCCUGCCAUGGAAUACAUGGGAUUCCAGCAAUGUAUGGACUUUCUUUUGGGUGUAGGCUUGGUAAUUGGCACAAUAAUUACAGAUCGCCAUACUUCCAUCGCAAAGCACAUGAGGGAGAGACUCCCGGACAUCAAGCAUUAUUUCGACUUGUGGCAUAUCAAGAAAAAAAUUGGGAAAGUUCUAAAUAAGAUAGCCAGACUGAGUGGCUGUGAGGCAGUAAAGGCAUGGAUACAUCCCUGCGAAAACCAUUUUUAUUGGAGUGUCACCUCCAGCAUUUCAGGAAAUGGCAGGCUUAUCUGGUCCAAAUUCAAGUCGUUCUUAAGUCAUAUCGUAGAUAAGCACGACAACCUUCCAGAUCCUUUAUUCAAAAAGUGUCACCAUGGAGAAAUUGAACCAAGGCAGUGGCUAUUGCCUG